AUGAGAAAAUACUUGAUUUAUAUCUAUCUAUCUAUCUAUCUAUCUAUCUAUCUAUCUAUCACCACUUCAUAUCUAUUUUAUAUAUAUUUAUCCCUGUUUAUAUCUAUCUAUCUAUCUAUCUAUCUAUCUAUCUAUAACUGUUUAUUUCGAUUAAUCUCUGUUCAUAUCUAUCUAUCUGUCUGUCUGUCUGUAUGUUCCUAUCUAUCUAUCUAUCACCACUUCAUAUCGAUAUAUCUAUCUCUCUACAUAUCUAUCUAUGGCUAUUUAUAUCAUUUACUCUGUUCAUAUCAAUCUACUAAUCUAUCUACAUUUAUUUCUGUUUAUAUCAAUCUAUGUAUCUCUCUAUCUAUCUAUCUAUAUAUCUAUCUGUCUGGUUGUCUGUCUAUCUAUCUCUAUAAUAAUUUAUAUCUAUCUCUGAUUAUAUAUAUCUAUCAACUAUAUCUAUCUAUCUAUACGGAUCAAUCUAUUUUUCACCACUUCAAAUCUAUCUAUCUAUCUAUCUAUCUAUCUAUCUAUCUAUCUAUCUAUCUAUCUAUUCUGUUCAUAUCUAUCUAUCUAUUUAUCUUUCUAUCUAUCUAUCUCAGCCAAUUCAUAUCUAUCUAUGUAUCUAUCUAUCUAUCUAUCUAUCUAUCUCUAUUCAUUAUCUAUUUACCUAUUUCCACACGUUCUUAG